AUGGUUCCUGAAAGAGCCUUAUUUGAAAAGACGAAAGUUAUUUAUGAGUCCACACUUCUAACCUUUAAGGGUGUUGACGGUUACGAUGUUUAUAAUUGCUCUGUGCCUUUUAAGAUCAAUGGUAAAUUUCAUAUUCUAGGUCGAAUUGAGCGAAGACACGAGUGGGUUAAUUCUUAUGUUUGUCUUUUUCUAGAAUCUGGCAAGGAUGAAUACACUUUGGUUCCUGAUUCCAUGAUGUGGCAAUUAGAAGAUCCAUUUGUUUCAAAACUUCAGGGAGAAAUGGUGAUUGGCGGAACAAGAGUAAAAAAAAAUCAGGGAAAGGUCUCAGACUAUGCCACAGACUUUUAUCGAGGAGUACACAACGACCUUGUCUACUUUACAUCUGGUCCAACAAAAAUGAAAGAUGUCCGCCUUGUGGAACUACAAGAUGGAAGAAUUGGAGUAUUUUCACACCAUAAAUUUACGAAUACAUGUCUUACAGGUUUUACGAUUGUCAAUAAUUUAGACGAUUUAAGUGCUGAGUCUAUUUAUUCUGCAACGCCUAUUGAUCACUCUGCUUUUGGUGAUGCGUGGGGAGGUGUGAAUCAGGCUUAUCUGUUGACAAGUGGAAAAAUUGGAUGCAUUUCUCACCAUGGUUACCUUGCAGACGGUGAGGAAGACAUAAUUAAUGUUUAUUGUGCUACUUCAUUUGUUUAUGAAGUCACGACAAAUAAGGUUUACAGCUACAAAAUUAUUGGAACAAAACAAUGCUAUCCGUAUUGUCCUUUCAAGGCACCUCGCUUAGUCGAUUGUGCUUUUGCUUCUGGUAUAGUUAUGCGAGAUGACGGAAAAUGUGAUCUCUACUGUGGAUUAGGGGAUACCUGUGAGGGACGCCUUGUAAUUGAUUAUCCUUUUCAAGGGCACGGUGAAGUAAUUGAUUCACUUGUAUUUUAA